AUGGGGAACCAUGUCGGGGUGAAUUUCAAUAGUCUACAAUCUGAUUUUGAAGGACAUGUCCUGUUUUACAAAAGGGAGCAGAAGGAGGAAUUGUUACUCCAAACGGGAGAACCCGUCAAAGCGGAUAUAUUAUAUGAUGGAAACACAAAAUUACUGAACAUAACGGUCUACCUUGCGGAAAUGACUCCUAGUCCGGUGAGGCCAAUGAUCUCGCGACCGGUUCCGAAGUUGUCCAAGAUCAUUGAAGAAGAGAUGUACGUCGGUUUCACGGCAGCAACCGGGAACGGUGAACGUUCAAGUGCGCACUAUAUCAUGGGGUGGAGUUUUUCCAGUGGCGGAGAACAUCCUGUGGCAGCUAAGCUCAAUCUCUCCGACCUUCUUCAUCCGCCUACGAAUACGUCAGAGAAGAGUGCUUACAGUUCUAAGGAAAUUGGUCUGAUUGUUGCUAUAUCGGCAGUUACGCUGAUAUUCAUUGUGUUACUAGUCUACUUCUUCAUCUACAAGAAGCGAGGAGAGACUCUAGAAGAUUGGGAAGUCAACCACCCCCACAGAAUGAGAUACAAAGAGCUGCAUUCUGCAACUGAUGGCUUCAGCGAGGAGCGGAUUAUCGGAUACGGAGGGUUUGGAACCGUCUUCAGAGGAAGCCUCUCUACAUCUCUGUCUGAUCGAAUCGCAGUCAAGAAGAUAACUGAGGGUAGCGAGCAGGGUAUAAGAGAAUUUGUUGCAGAGAUCGAGAGCCUAGGAAGAUUAAGCCAUAAGUGUUGGGAAAGUUAG